AUGAUCGGAUAUGGAAGUGAGAAAAAGGCGGACGGGCGCGAGAUGACCGCCAGUGAAUACAGUCAGGCGGGCUUAAUUAGCGGCGUGUGCGCUCGUUGUAUCGUUCAGCCUUUGGAUGUGCUUAAAAUAAGAUUUCAGUUGCAAGAAGAACCAAUGCGAGGAUCAAUGCGGGGAAAAUAUUCAGGCCUUCUUCAAGCGAGUUAUUUGAUAUGGAAAGAAGAAAAUGUUGUUGCAUUCUGGAAAGGUCAUAUUCCUGCUCAAGGAUUGUCGGCAGUUUAUGGAAUUGUACAGUUUGCUGUAUUUGAAUCGCUCACUAAUAGAGCUAAAUAUAUUCCACUUGCAAAUCGAAAUCGAAGCUUGACUGAUUUUGUGUGUGGUGGAUUAUCAGGAUGUUGUGCAAUGACGGCGGCAAUGCCUCUGGAUGUUGUCAGAACGAGGCUUAUCGCUCAAGGAAAUCCAAAAGUAUGGAUUUUCAAAAUGUAUCUUAAGUUUUAUCGAGGAACUAUCCAUGCUAUUGGAAAAAUUUUUCGCUGCGAAGGUGUGCCUGGUUUUUUCAGAGGAUUAGUGCCGUCACUCGUUCAGAUUGCACCUUAUACAGGUAAAACAACUGCUUUAUACUGCGGUGCUUUGGCUGGUGCUGCUGCUAAAACGACUUUAUACCCGUUAGAUGUUAUUAGGCAUCGACUUCAAAUGCGUGGAUUUGAUCGAAGAGGUUUUGGAAAGGCAUCUCAGUAUCGCUCAAUGAUUGGUACUUUUAUUCAUUUGAUAACAAAAGAGCAUUUUCAAGGAUUAUUUAAAGGACUGUCGCCAUCGUUAAUAAAGGCUGCUGCUAAUUCCGGCUUGUGCUUCUUUUUUUAUAAGGUAGCUUUGGAAUUAAUUCGAACUAUUAAAGCAAACAAUUAA